AGAACUGCGUCGCACUGUGACAACGGUCGCCACUAGUGUAGGUUCUCCACGAUUUUCCUAAUAUAUUUUGCGGCUGGUGUGUAAGAGGCUUUUUACGGUGACGAUUGGUGCUUUGCGAGAUUACUGACGCUUUUCAGAUACGUGCUCGUCUCCUUUUAAAUAUGGAAAAUGAAGAAAUUCACCCGGUCGACGUGUCUCCAGGACAUCUCGACCUGUCUGAAGGUGACGAGGCUAACUUGACUGUGGCUGAUGCUGACUACUCGGCGGGGCCCCUUAGCGAGUCUAGACACUACGUCACUGAAGCCAGCUCGGGACCCAAAGAAAAUAUCAUCCAGGGCGUCUCCCACAACAAAUUCAACUUCUUGAGCUGGUUGCCCUACCUGAACUCCACUAAUGGGACUGACGCAGACUCUGACAUCCUUGAAGAUGAACCAGAGGAUCCUGAGAAAGCCAAAAUAAGGCGCUGGCUAAUAGUCUGCGUUGCUCUUAUCGUGGCUAUUAUGGUGGCUGCGUACGUUUUCAAACUUUUAAAGAGCGCAUGGAGAACUUGGCCCCGAAGUCCCCUUCGACGACGCCUAGGAGCUUUGUUCCCGAACUGGUUCCCAGAGAUCUCUGAUGACCCUUUGCUGGAACCACAAGAAAAGGCGAAUAUUGCCCACGCAAGCACUGGAUCCAAUAACGACGAGAACGCAGGAACUUCAGAGGUUAAAAAAGGGGCGUCCCUGACAGAUGAGGUUUCGCAAGAGGCUACCCAGAUAAAAGCAGAGGGAGAUUCGCAGAAAGAUGACCAGACAGAAGCUAGUGAAGCGGAGAAAGUGGCAGCCGUUGACAAUGAAGAGCACGUUCCUCUGGAAGAAGGAAAGAAAGAUGUAGAGAGGGAUGCCCAUUCUCCUGCCAAGAAAGAUGCCGAGGUAGGAGCCACGGAUGAUGCCCAGCAGCUUACCAAGGAAGAAGCCGCAGAUAAUGCCCAGGCGGAAGCUCAUCAUCCUGCCAAGAAAGAUACCCAGGCGGAGGCUACAGAUGCCCAGCAGGUUACAAAGGUAGAAGCCACGGAUGAUACCCAUCAGGUUGCCCAGGCAGAUGCCCAGCAGCUUACCAAGGGAGAAGCCGCAGAUAAUACCCAGGCGGAAGCCCUUUCUCCUGCCAAGAAAGAUACCCAGGCAGAAACUACAGAUGCCCAACAGCUUAUCCAGGCGGAAGCUGCAGAUAUCCAGGCGGAUGCCCAACAGGUUGCCACAGAUGAUGCCCAGCAGGUUGUACAGGCGGAAACCUCUUAAAUUUUCCUAAUUAUUGGCAAAAAUUAUUAAGGGGGAAUCUAUUGACUCCUAAUACUGAACAAAUGCAGUUAAUCAUUCAAACCUUGCUCCUUGAUGUAGAUCCGCAUAUCCUAGAAUGCCUCUAUGCAAUAGGCGAAGUAACAUUACCUGUAAAGCCUUCUUUGUAAAUUCUACCAGAGAAAUAGAGCAGAUGUAAUAAAAGUGAUAACAGCG